AUGGGGUGGGCUGCUGCGCAUGGCACCGAUGAGACUGGCGAGCACACACGAUUCAUCUUUUUCCGGGGUGUGGCUCCGCGGUGCGAAGAGCGACGCUCUGAUGCUGUGCACGGUGAGUCCCGCCGGUCUAGACCCAUCGAGUUGCUCACAAUGCCGAUGACAGUGACCCAUGUCGUUCCAUCCUUGUUCUCUCCUACUCUUUGCAUGGCUGCAAGGACUUUCAUGCAGAGGGUAGUGAUGUUCAUCCCAGGGCCAGGUUAUAUCAGGUUGCUCUUCCAUACAUCUACGACGGAGGUCAACUGUCUCUUGUCGGCCCACACUCAUAGUGGACGCAAUUGCAGCCGUGGUGAGCUGCAAGGCAUUCGAAUGCAUCGGGCUGAAGCGGUUUCUUAUCCUUGUCAUUGUAUUGAACGCCAUAGGCGCGACGGUGAGGCCUUUUCUGCUUUACUUUGCUUCCACGACCCCCGUUGCUGUUUGGUUUUACAUUGCAUUAACUCUCUUGCGCAGGUGUUCAUCGUUUCCCACUCACCUUCGCGUCCGACGCAAAGCCAAUGUGAUAAAUUUGCAGCGAAAACGGGCACUGCAGCAGCAGCAGCAUCGGCGAGAGCGUGGCAGGAUACUGAACGCCCCUACUUGUUCAGCGGUAUCUGUGACGGACGCCGAUUUUACACCUUUCUCUACGGACGCAACUGA